AUGAAAAGGCUCACGGUGAUUGAUUCUAAUAGUGAGGUUAUUGAAUCCUUGACAAGGAGUGUUACACAUGAGGUUUACACUUCUGAUACUCUUGAUGUGGGCCUGUUUUUGUUUUUUUGGUCCCGGGAACUUACUCUUCGGGACAAGGAUUUACUAUUCUAUAUCGCUUAUAGGGAAGCGCGUAGUUUUGGGAUCCGGAAUUAUAUCUUGACAUGCUUAUUCGGCCACAAAUGCGAGGGAGAAGAAGGGAAUGCGAUUUGCCUUUAAUGGGUAUGCCUUUCCAUUUUCGGUGGUCUUAGUGGGAUGCUAAUUGUCUCCGGAAGCCAUGGCAAUGCGCCGAGUGGGCUGCCUCACGAAUUGAUUGUUUAAAAGAGUGGAAAUCUCAAUGGAUGACACACUUGGAGCAUCUUUCCGGAGAAGGUGGCAUAUUCUGGAUGCCUUACGAACGAAAACCCGCCCCCACGCGUUUUCUCUCCCGCAAAGAACCGCAGAUGAUAGACUCCUACCCAGAUUUCGACAAAUCGAUUGCACUUACCAUUUCGACCCCAGCUGGGCUAUCCCAAAUAAUCCCUGGAUCGAAGAGCUGGUAUUACGAGCAACGGUAUACAGUGACGGGAUUCGCGGUCUUCCACAUCACAAAGGGCCUAGUAGUUACCGUCCUCUGAACUCGGUCGCCGCUACUCCAGGAGUGUCGCAAGCCAGCACUCUUUCUACAUCCACUUCCGUAUCUAGUAUCGGUAUCAAGGAAGAAUUCGAGGACAGAGUGUAUCACUCACUCGUGAUCGAACACAGUCGUGUCCUGAAGCGCAGACCCCAAGUUGGGCUAGGAAAGGACGCCGCCAUGGGUAAAUUGCUGGCGGCAACAAAGUAUCGAUCAAUGAUAAGGUUGUCAAGAAGGCGAAAAAUAUAACCGUUCCCACAACAGGGAAUGAGCCCUGGCCCUGCGUUGUCAAGGCCAGUACGACUUCCAAGGAUGGGAAGAUAAUCGCCGAGAUGGCUCCUGGGGCAAGCGAGAAGGAAAUGCAGCUAGGUGAAGGAGCCAAAGCCGGCAGAAUUACCUCAACCGAGCCUAAAGGUGGCGGUUUAGGCAUGGGCGUGGGGUCCGGCAGAGGGUGAUGAGGGGAAGGCCAGGAAACGCACCGAAAGAAAGGCGCAACAGCAGAACUAGGGUCAUCCGCUGGCCCUCAUCGGUACUACACGGCAAGCUGGAGGGCAUCUACCCUCCGUGGAAGGCUGGCCUCCGUGAAGGCAUGGCAGCAGGAAAAAUGGAAGAGGGAGAAGUUGUUAAACGCAAGGAAGACAAAGAAGGAGCGAAAUGCGAGGGAGAAGGGAGAGAAGAAGUGGAGCGGAACGGCUAAAGGAUUAAUAGUUGAACCUGUUCGCGCUUCCGAGAGGUGCUCUGACGUGCUCGAUCAUGAUCAUCCAGCAAAGCUGGCUUCUUGCGGGGCUGGAGGUGAUGGGGAUGGGGAGGACGUUGGUGAGCAGAAAAACCUUUCCCUGCUUGACAAACAAUGGGGAUGUUGUUUUGCUCAGGACAAUUAA